AUGUCUGAAGACUAUCAAGAAAAAAUAUUUUUAUUCCAAUUUCCCACUUGUACGACCAAUCAAAAUUACACAUUGGAAAUACCAUUAAAGAUUCCAUACAAUGGAUCAAUCAAAGAGUUGACAUACCGAAUAAUGAGCGCAUUCAAAUUGCCUUGUUAUGUCGAGAAAGAUUUGUUAAAUUCUCUGGAGCAGACAGUAAAAAACUGGACUCAAAAUUACUAUGACGAGCGAGACGAGAAGUUGAUAAAAUCCGCCAGGAGUGGAGAGAUAGAUUUAGAAAAGAUAAUCAAAAAUUGGGAAAAGGCUUACAGAGAAAAGACAGCAGAGUAUGCUCAGCCCAUGGGGACUACUGACGAGGAAUUGUUCGCGGCAGCUUACCAUAAGCUUGUACACUCGCCUUCCCUGGAACCGAUUUUACAAGCUGAACACAAGUAUGGUAAAGAUGUUACUGAUGUUAUUCACAUUAAAAACUCCGAGUAUGAUCAGUUGACUCAGAAACAAACAGAAGAAAUGCGAGUAGCUGUUGAAAAAUUAGAGCUGGGAUCGACUGAAAAAUCUAUUAAUGAAAUGGCUGCGAGACAUUUUGAAGAGCAAAGUUUAUUGCAAGGUCACUGGGGAUCUAGAAUAGACGCAUUGAAGUUGGAACAGAGGAGACAAUAUCGCAAUUGGAUCAUGAGAUUACUUGAAGAGCAGCAGACAAAUAUGCUUCCGACUCCAGUAGGAUCGCCAGUAGUUCCAAUGCCUUUUGUACCAGAAACAUUGGAAACUGUAGAAGCUAAGGAAAAAAUAAAAACCUCAGAUUAUCCUCAACUGGAAGAGAGUUUUACAAUCCACUUGGGGUCACAAAUGAAGCAGAUGCAUAACAUCAGAAUUUUAACCGGCGAUGUUUUAGAUUUCUGUCGCACUAAGAGUAAUUCUGCAAGUAUGGAACCAACUCCCCAAAGAUUGCAAACAGCAUUAGGACUGUACUCAAAUGAUUUGUGUGGAAUUGUCGUUCUAAGCGACAAUCAUCUAGGAAGUUACUCUGGCAUAACUAAAGAAUUAUCAACUAUAUGCCAGCUUACUACGGAGUUCCAUUUUCCAUCAAUGGAAGAGCAGUUGGAAAAAAUACGCGAUGAUGUCAAAGAAGCUGUCGCUUGGAGACAAGCUCAUCAUAAAGAUACCAACGAUUUACCAGUCAAAAAGUCAACUUUGAGUAAGUCGCUGCAGACUGGUGAUGUUUUUAUUACAAGACAUUCCAAUUUAGCUCAGGUUCAUGUUGUAUUUCAUAUGGUUAUUAAUGAUUCACUUAGAUCAGGAGAUAUAAAUUCAAGACAUCCAGCAAUAUUGGGAUUGAGAAAUAUUUUAAAAACAGCUUGUUGUAAUGACGUUACAACGCUUACUAUUCCCGUCUUAUUAGUACACGAAAUGACAGAAGAUAUGACAGUAGCCUGGUGUACAAAGCGCGCGGAACUUGUUUACAAGUGUGUAAAAGGCUUUAUGAUCGAAAUGGCAUCGUGGGGAGGAGCUGAACUAAAAAAUUUACAGUUCCUUGUACCCAAAGGCAUGUCCGAAGAAGUUUUUGGGACUUUGGCAACGAUGUUACCCAGUAUUUUCCGUGUAUCUAAUCCGUUGGUAUUCAAAGUAUCCAACGCGCCAGUUACUCCGAAAAAAUAA